AAUUGUUUAAUGUUUAAUGUUUAAACUUGUAAUACCGCUUUGAUAAGGCACGCAAACAAAAAAAUUAAUAUGUACACAAUGGUGUGAAAACAUGCUGUUCCUAACAUUACAAUGCUUUUAUGUGCUCUGGAAUUUAGUUGCAGGCGCUUCAAAUUUAACUUGUUACUGUAACAAUAAGAAUGGUUCUGGACAGUCACAUAGAAGAUGCACUAAUAACAAAUGUUUUCUAAAAGAAGAUGGCUUCUGCUACAUUAUGAGAAAAAAUGGAAAAAGUGGAACUACAUUUACUGAGAAAGGAUGCUUAUCCUUUGUAGAUAAUGGACUUAAUAAAAAUAAAGAUAACUAUAUGAGCUGUGAUAACGAGAUGAUGUGCAACAUGAAUUUGGUUCUUAAUAAUAGCUUUCCAUCUUCACGUAAUGUGACAGAAACAAACCUUCCAACUACGUUGAAAUCAACCAAGCACUUUACUACAUUCCAUAUUACCUUGCUGGUUGUUUUGCCGUUCAUGAUAGGUGUUAGCAUGAUGAUUGCAUGGUUAGUAUGCAAAUACCGUAAGAAAGGUAGAAAUGCUGGUGUAGAUAGAUCUCUGCUGCUGCAUACAGUUCCUGCAUCUGAAGAACGCUUCCGGAAAAAUGAAAUUGAUAUUGAUAAAUUAGAUCUGUUGGAAUUCUCUUCUACAGGUAGUGGUAUGGGAUUACCAGUAUUAGUUCAAAAAACUAUAGCAGGCGAAAUCAACCUGACACGAAGAAUAGGACAAGGUGCAUUUGGUUUUGUAUAUCACGGACUGUGGAGAGGACAAGAUGUAGCCGUUAAAGUGUUUUCUAGCACUGAAGAGAGUUCUUGGUCACGGGAAGUGAAAAUAUAUCAUACACCUAUGUUGAGGCAUGAAAACGUAUUAGGUUUCAUAGCAGCUGACAGUAAAGACACAGGCACCGUAACUCAACAAUGGAUAAUCACAGACUACCAUUCAAAUGGAUCUUUAUUUGAUUUUCUGCAAGACAAUACACUCGAUAUAACUAUGUUACACAAGAUGUUAUUAAGUAUAGUGAAUGGAGUGCUACAUUUACAUACUGAAAUAAUAGGAACUUUUGGAAAACCAGCAAUGGCUCAUAGAGACAUUAAAACAAAAAAUAUAUUAGUUAAGCAAAAUUUUACUUGUUGUAUAGCCGACUUAGGAUUAACUGUAAUGUAUUCGUCAGAUAAAAAACACACAGACAAACCCGAGGGUACAAAAACAGGAACGCGUCGAUAUCAAGCCCCUGAACUUUUAAACAACACGUUAGAUCAGCUUGGAUUUCAAGUCUGUCGAAGGGCAGACAUUUACGCUUUAGGAUUAUGCUUGUGGGAGAUAUGUAGAAGAACAAAAAUAGAUGGUAAGGUUGAAGAAUAUCAGCUUCCUUACUUUGAUGCCGUUCAACCAGAUCCUUCAUCAGAAGAAAUGAUACAAGUAGUUUGUGUGGAAAAGAGGAGGCCGCAUUUUUCAGAACAUUGGAAAAAACAUGAGUCCAUGCGCAUUCUGAUGAAGACGAUGACGGAGUGUUGGUACCAUGAGGGUAGCGCAAGACUGACUGCAUUGAGAAUAAUGAAAGACUUGAGCUCACACUUAGUCGUUGAGAAAUCAUAGUUUUAGUAUUAGUCAAAUUUUUUUGCCAGGUGGCUUUUUACUAGUUCCUAAAAAAGUUGAAUAAAUUUUUGUGUCAAUUAUUUUAAUUGUUUUUAUAUAUAUCUGGUAUAUAUAGUACACGUGUACAGCUAGUUUUUCUUAAUUAUUUUUUUUUAAAUAAGGAUAGGGUUAUUAGUUAUAUAUCAUAUAUUUUUUGUUUUUCAAGGUUAUA